AACGACAAAAAAGCACGGACCGAGAUCACCACCAGGAAAGACGAGCACAUGUGCUUGAGGAUCUAUUGGUCUUAGGCGAAAUGGCAGAAAUGCGCAGCGUGCUAGGCAAAACCGGGGACCUCCCCCAUGUGCUCCAAAAGGAGAAGGUCCGCCGGAAGGAGCCGUGGAUGGAGAGCAAACCUUCAUUUCUGUUGCCCCCCCUGGACCCGAACCCUCAGGGAACGGGAGGUGCUGCCAAGAGAGAUGUGCCGAGCGGCGUGGCGAGUCGUGGCGGAGGCCAGAGGGGCAGAGAGGCCGUGCAGCCGGCUGGCAGCCCAGAGCACCAGCUCAGCACCAGCCACGCACUCAGAGACAAGGACAAGAAGCUCCGUCGAUUCGUGGUCAAAACCAUAUGUCAGCAGGAGGAGGAGGAGGACGAUGACGCUCCGCCACGUGGCUCUCCGGCAUUUAGUAAAUAUGAUUACUACAUCGAGAACGGGAUAGACCUGGAGAACGUGUCUCCUCUAGAGGACUCCUGGCUGGAGGAAAUUCUGCAAAUGGUUCCGUGCCACCUGAAGAGUCAGAUCACACCGUUGAAGCUGCUAGUUGACGAGAUCCAGGAAGACUACUUGUUCACUGUCAAGACGGCAAUAUGGAGAUAUACAUUUAGAAAUCCAAGAGCAAGUUUAAAGGACAAAGUACAAGAUCUGCCCCCUCACAGACUUGAAUUGGAGGCGUUUCCAAAACCAUGGAAUAAAGCUUUUGUCCAUGCGCAAAAGAGGAUGAGAGACCAUCUUCACCCCGUCAACCCUGCCAUGGUGCAAGUGCAGUACCUGUGGCACAUGUCUUACAAGAAUGUCCGUCUGAUAGAUGUGCAGGAGUUCCACAGCAGAGAAGAGUCCGUGGAGCUUUCUGUGUUCCAGCAAAUUGUCACUAGACAUAUUGACAAUGCCAGAGGGAUCCUCCUCAGAAAUUGGAUUCCGGAGGUGCAAAUUAUUUACUGCCACGGCUCCAGGCGCAAACUGGUGUCUGCUUCGGGCAAGAAGGCCAAGCUGUUGUCCUUCUUCAACAGUGCAGCCACACUGAUGACGUCCCAGCUGCAGAACCUUGCGUUGGACUCAAUCAGGGACUAUACAAACCUCAUUUCCCCAGACCAGCAGUCCGAGCACGCCCCUGAACACGCAGGCUUCGUGCUGCAUCUGAUCCUGGAGGAAAGGGAGAUCAAGUUUGAGCCCGACUUUAAACUGUACGAGGAGGCCUUCGUCAGCGUCUACGAGCUCAUGCUCAGGUCCAUCAGUGCGGUGCCUCGGGUGGAAACCAAACUGUACCCUGAGUGGCCAGGCUCCCAGUUUGGGAGCAGCCUGAAGCCCAUCAUUAUGCCAGAGAUCCUCGAAGCCCAACAGGAGGAGGUGCGCCGGGUGUUCUGGGCCGAAUGUGUCCGGCCCAAGGAGUUUGUCCGCGAGUAUGAUAAAUACGCCCCGCUGGUAUCCAGGCAGGCGGAAGAAGAUGUGGAGCAGUUCCUCAGUGAGCAACGCUCCUUCGAGGAGCUCAUGGCAGAGGUGGUACACUACCAGCGGCUUGCUGACCAGAUCCAGUACACGUCACGCAAGGUGGUGCGUCUCGGCAUGUUUGAGGUCCAGUCCCACAAGCUCAUCCACUCUCUUGCCAAGCGUGCUCAGGAGCUGCAGCAGAAACUUACUACGCGCAUGCUACUGGACCAUCAGGAAAUCAACAGAAACCUUUGUGUUGAAUUUGAGAAGAUUGCAGAGAAGGCACUGAGCACCCCACCUGACACGCAGACUCUGAUGGAGCUUAAGGCCUACAUGAAGAAGGUGAGGACCACAGAGAUGCCCGUGUUGGAAAGAAGCAUGGAAGACUCCAACAAACAUUUGUGUUUCCUGAUCGACUACAUCACCCUCUCUCCGCUGGACAUGGAGCUCAACAGGCAGACCAUCCAGUGGCUGAAGCGCAUGCCAUCCAUCAUGAAAGAGCACAAAGAGAUAGUCACUGAAAAGACAGAGCAAUACCAGGGCGGCCUCAAGUUGUGCAUCGAGCACUUUGUGGAAGAACUGGACCGCUACAGCGUACAGGUGGAGGAGUUCGCCACCUUCAGUGAGCUGACGGAUCUCAACAAGUACUUGAAGAAAGCCCAGUCGCUCAAUGCUAAACUGGAGUUGGCAAUGCAAAAGAUUGACGAUUUCAAUCUGGAGGAGGAGGCCUACGGCUGGCCUGUUUCUCAGUAUCCGCUGCGUAAGAAGGUCCAGGACACGCUCAAACCGUUCCUGCGCCUCUACGAGACAUCCACCGAUUUCCAAAACCAGUACAACAAGUGGCUUCACGGGCCACUCUCCGGUGUGAACCCAGACAAGGUAGAGGAGGAAGUUAGUAACUACUGGCGCACUCUAUACAAGCUGGAGAAAGACUUCAAAGACGUUCCCAAUGGCUUGAACAUAGCCACCAGCAUGAAGGAAAAGGUGGAGGAAUUCAAGGAGCACAUCCCUAUAGUGCAGGUAUUAUGCAACCCUGGCCUGUGUGACCGCCACUGGGGCGCCAUGUCCAAAAUUGCCGGCACCUCCCUGCAACCAGUCGGUGACCAGGCAUGUGUGGCUCGCUUCCUGUCCAUGAAUCUGGAAGAGCACGUGAGCAGCUUCGAGGGCAUCAGUGAGGCAGCCAGCAAAGAGCACUCCCUGGAGAAGGCCAUGGAGAAAAUGGCAAGCGAGUGGGGGGACAUGGAGUUCAGCCUCCUGGCCUACAGAGAGACGGGCACCUCCAUCCUGUCGUCCGUGGACGAAGUCCAGAUGCUUUUGGACGACCACAUAGUGAAGACGCAGACUAUGAAGGGCUCACCCUUCAUCAAGCCUUUCGAGGUGGAGAUACGGGAAUGGGAGGAAAAGUUGCUGCUGCUCCAAGAGAUCCUGGAUGAAUGGCUGAAGGUGCAGUCCACUUGGCUUUACCUCGAGCCCAUAUUCAGCUCCCCCGACAUCAUAAGCCAGAUGCCCCAAGAAGGACGCCAUUUUACAACAGUUGACAAAUCCUGGAGGGACACUAUGAAACAGGUUUCCCUGGACAAACAUGUGUUGGCAGUGAUAAGCAUCGAAAACAUGCUGGAGAUGCUGAAGAAGUCCAAUGAGCUCCUGGAGAUGAUCCUCAAAGGUCUGAACAGCUACCUGGAGAAGAAGCGUCUCUAUUUCCCCCGGUUCUUCUUCCUGUCCAACGAGGAGCUGCUGGAAAUACUCUCUGAGACCAAAGACCCCACAAGGGUGCAGCCCCAUCUGAAGAAGUGCUUUGAAGGCAUCGCCAGUGUGGUGUUCACCGACGUGCUGGACAUCACUCAUAUGAAGAGCAGUGAGGGGGAAGUGGUGGAGCUGCUGGACAUCAUUUCCACCUCCAAAGCCAGGGGCCAGGUGGAGAAGUGGCUCCUUGAGCUGGAGAACGGCAUGAUGGCCUCGCUGCAUAAGGUAGUCGGCGAGGCGAUCCAGGCAUACCCCGAUCAACUGAGGAACGACUGGGUGCGUGCGUGGCCUGGCCAGACUGUGCUGUGUGUCUCGCAGGUCUACUGGACAAAGGCUAUACACGAAGCAAUCUGUUCUGGACAGCAGGCCCUAGGCGCCUACCUGGACCAAAACAACAGGCAGAUCGACGACAUCGUGGCGCUCGUGCGUGGCAAGCUGUCCAAGCAGAACCGUGUGACCCUCGGGGCGCUCGUCGUGCUGGACGUCCACGCCAGGGAUGUGCUGGCCGUGCUGGUGCAAAAGGGAAUAAGUGAUGAAAAUGACUUUGAGUGGCUUAGCCAACUGCGCUACUACUGGGCGGAAAACCAGCUCCAGACCAAGAUGAUCAACGCUGGUUUGCCUUAUGGUUACGAAUACCUUGGCAACACACCACGUCUGGUUAUAACCCCUCUCACUGACCGCUGCUACCGCACGCUGUUUGGCGCCCUGCAUCUCCAUUUGGGAGGGGCCCCCGAGGGCCCGGCCGGCACGGGGAAAACCGAGACAACCAAAGACCUGGCUAAAGCUGUGGCCAAGCAGUGUGUGGUCUUCAACUGCUCCGAUGGACUGGACUACAUUGCCCUGGGCAAAUUCUUCAAAGGCCUUUUGUCCUGCGGAGCUUGGGCCUGCUUUGAUGAGUUUAACCGCAUUGACUUGGAGGUGCUGUCUGUCGUGGCUCAACAGAUUCUCACCAUACAAAGAGGAAUUUCUGCCCAUGUGGAGAUGCUAAUGUUUGAAGGAUCACUGCUGAAACUCAACCCCUCCUGCGCUGUCUUCAUUACUAUGAACCCUGGAUAUGCUGGGCGCUCAGAGCUACCGGACAAUCUCAAGGCUCUGUUCAGGACUGUGGCCAUGAUGGUGCCGGACUACGCGAUGAUCGCAGAGAUUGUGCUCUACUCGUGUGGCUUUGUGACGGCACGGCCCCUGUCGGUGAAAAUCGUGGCCACCUAUCGACUCUGCUCGGAGCAGCUGUCCAUGCAGCAUCACUACGACUACGGGAUGAGAGCCGUCAAGUCUGUGCUGACGGCUGCCGGAAACCUGAAGCUAACUUUUCCGGAGGAGAACGAAGACACCCUGUUGCUGAGAUCCAUUAUCGAUGUCAAUCUGCCCAAGUUCCUGUCCCAUGAUCUGAAGCUGUUUGAGGGUAUCACCUCUGACCUCUUCCCGGGCGUGGAGCUUCCAAAACGAGACUACCGCAUCCUGCUGGAGGCCAUCGAGGAAAACUGCCAGCGCAUGAACCUGCAAGUGACCGAGUUCUUUGCUGAGAAAAUCCUGCAGAUCUUUGAGAUGAUGAUAGUGAGGCAUGGCUUCAUGCUGGUGGGCGAGCCCUACGGAGGAAAGACCUGCGCCUACCGUGUGCUGGCCGCAGCCCUUCACGACGUCUGUAAAAAUGGUCUUAUGGAGGAGAACCCGGUGCAGAUCACAGUUAUCAACCCCAAAUCCAUCACCAUGGGUCAACUUUACGGCCAGUUUGAUCCAGUCUCCCAUGAGUGGUCUGAUGGCAUCCUCGCCGUCAGCUACAGGAACUUUGCCUCCUCACAGAGCCCUGACAGAAAGUGGCUCAUCUUCGAUGGACCGGUGGAUGCCGUGUGGAUCGAGAAUAUGAACACGGUGCUGGACGACAACAAGAAGCUGUGUCUGAUGAGCGGUGAGAUCAUUCAGAUGUCGCCGCAAAUGAGCCUCAUCUUUGAGCCCAUGGACCUGGAGGUGGCAUCGCCGGCCACAGUGUCUCGCUGUGGUAUGAUCUACAUGGAGCCCCAUAUGCUGGGCUGGCGGCCUGUCUUGCUGUCCUGGCUCAAUACCCUGCCGACCACAGUCAGUGACACACAGAAAGACCUCAUCACUGGCCUUUUUGACCGCGUGCUGCCUGCCUGCAUACAGCUCAUUCGAAAGGCCACCAAGGAACUAUCCCCGACCUCUGACACCAAUCUUGUCAAGUCCCUAAUGGAUCUGAUGGACAGCAUGAUGGAUGAGUUUCAUGAUGAAGAAAAGAUGAAGAGCAUGAAAGAAAAAGAUGUGUGCUCCUGGUUGGAGGGCAUUUUUGUGUUCUGCCUGGUUUGGUCAGUGGGGGCCAGCUGUGAUGAUCCAGGCCGGGUCAAGUUCGACGCAGUGGUGAGGGAGGUGCUGAGUGGUCCCCUUAGCAAGGAGACCCAGGACUGCCACGGCCUUCUGGAAACCGUCGAGGCUCCACCUAAACAACUGACGGUUCCCCUGCCCACUGAGGGAACUGUCUACCAGUAUCGCUUCAUUAAAGAGGGCCCGGGCCGGUGGGAGCUGUGGACAGAUGAGCUGAAGACUGCUCCCCCCAUACGUAAAGACAUGCAGUUCAAUGAGAUCAUCGUGCCCACGGAGAACACGGUACGCUACAUGGUGCUGAUGGAGCUCCUCCUCACCCACCAGAAGCCCACGAUUUUCAUUGGCCCCACUGGCACCGGCAAGAGUGUCUACAUCACAGACUUCCUGCUGAAUCAGCUGCAGAAGGACGUGUACAGCCCGUUAUUUAUCAACUUUUCCGCCCAGACCACAGCGGCCCAGACCCAAAAUAUAAUCAUGUCUAAGCUGGAUAAGCGGCGCAAGGGAGUGUUCGGCCCUCCGUUGGGGAAGAAAAUGGUGGUGUUUGUGGAUGACGUGAACAUGCCAGCCAGGGAGGUUUACGGUGCCCAGCCCCCAGUGGAGCUGCUGCGACAGUGGCUGGACCAUUGGAACUGGUAUGACAUGAAGGACUGCUCCAUAAUCCAUCUUAUGGAUAUCCAGGUCAUAUGUGCUAUGGGACCACCUGGUGGAGGGCGAAACCCUGUCACACCUCGCUACCUGCGUCACUUCAACAUGAUUACAAUUAACGAUUUUGACGAGAAGACGAUGUAUACAAUCUUCUCCAGGAUCAUAAACUGGCAUUUCACCAUACGGUUUGCUUUCCCCAAGCCCUUCACAGAUUUGACCUCACAGAUCGUUAACAGCACCAUGUCGGUGUACCAAGAGGCCACCAAGAACCUGCUGCCCACUCCCACAAAGUCUCAUUACCUGUUCAAUCUGCGCGACGUCUCCCGGGUCAUUCAGGGCAUCUGCCUUUCACGGCCAGAGACUGCAGAAGAACCGUGCGUCAUCAAACGCCUCUGGGUGCAUGAGGUCCUGAGGGUGUACUAUGAUCGACUGGUCCAAGACAGCGAUCGGUUCUGGCUCGUGAGCCAUUUGCAGGCAGUGUCUCAGAGUCACAUUAAGGAAAACUUCCAUCAGCUCUUCCAACACCUGGACCAGGACAGCGACGGAAAGGUCACCGAGGACGACCUGCGCAGCCUCAUGUUCUGCGAUUUUCACGACCCCAAGGGCGAGGACCGCAACUACCGCGAGGUGCACGACCUCGACCAGCUCCGACAGGUGGUGGAGUCCCAUCUGGAGGAGUUCAAUAACAUCAGCAAGGCGCCUAUGAACCUGGUGCUAUUUCGUUUCGCCAUUGAACACGUGUGCCGCAUUUCCCGCAUCCUCAAGCAGCCGGGUGGCAACGCCCUGCUGGUGGGAGUGGGCGGCAGCGGGCGGCAGUCCCUGACCCGGUUGGCCGCUCACAUGGCGGAGGCAGAGCUUUUCCAGGCGGAGAUCUCCAAGACUUACGGCACCACCGAAUGGCACGACGACCUCAAGCUAAUCAUGCGGAAGUCCACGCAGGGUGAAGCGCACGGCGUGUUUCUUUUCACAGACUCGCAAAUCAAAAGGGAGUCCUUUCUGGAGGACAUUGGGAACCUGCUCAACACUGGUGAGGUGCCUAACCUGUUCGCAGUUGACGAGAAGCAGGAGAUCUGCGAGCGGAUGCGAUUGCUGGACCGGCAGCGCGAGCGGGACAAGCAGACGGACGGCAGCCCUUUGUCCCUCUUCAACAUGUUUGUCGAGCGCUGUCGCACGCAGCUGCACGUGGUGUUGGCCAUGAGUCCCAUCGGAGACGCCUUCCGGAACCGCCUGAGACGUUUCCCUGCCCUCAUUAACUGCUGCACCAUAAACUGGUUCCAGACCUGGCCUGAGGAUGCCCUGCAGGCAGUGGCCUGCCGCUUCCUGGAGGACGUCGAGAUGACAGACGAGUCCCGAGAAGGCUGCAUCAACAUGUGCAAGAGCUUCCACACCUCGACCAUAGAUAUGUCAGAUCGCUUUUUGUCCGAGUUGCAGCGGUACAAUUACGUCACGCCAACCUCCUACCUGGAGCUCAUUUCCACCUUCAAAGCCCUGCUGAAUACAAAGAGAGCGGAGGUGAUGAAGCAGAAACGUCGCUACGAGGUGGGCCUCGAGAAGCUGGAGUCGGCAGCAGACCAGGUGUCCACCAUGCAGGUCGAGCUGGAGGCCCUGCAGCCACAACUGCUCGUGGCCAGCAAAGAGGUUGACGAGAUGAUGGUGGUAAUCGAGCACGAAUCUGUGGAGGUGGCGGAGACGGAGAAGGUGGUGAAGGUGGACGAGAACGUGGCCAACGAACAAGCCAUGGCCGCCAAAGCCAUCAAGGACGAGUGCGACGCUGACCUGGCCGUAGCCAUGCCUAUCCUGGAGUCAGCCAUGGCUGCGUUGAACACUCUCACCAAUCAGGAUAUCACAGUGGUGAAGUCCAUGAAAAGCCCUCCGACAGCUGUCAAGCUGGUGAUGGAGGCAAUCUGCAUUCUCAAGGGCAUCAAGCCAGAUCGCGUGCCGGACCCCUCGGGCUCUGGUAAGAAAGUGGAGGACUACUGGGGCCCCGCCAAAAAGCUCCUGGGCGACAUGAAGUUCCUCCAGAGCCUCCACGACUACGACAAGGACAACAUCUCGCCAGUUUACAUUGAGAAGAUCCGCAGGCAAUACAUCACGAAUCCAGACUUUGUACCCGAGAAGAUUCGAACUGCGUCCACUGCAGCCGAAGGCAUGUGCAAAUGGGUCUGUGCCAUGGACCAGUAUGACAAUGUGGCCAAGGUGGUGGCGCCGAAGAAGGAGAAGCUGGCGCAGGCCGAGGGGGAGCUGAGUGUGGCCAUGGAGAGCCUGCAGAAAAAGCAGGCUGCCCUCAAAGAAGUUCAAGAUAAACUCGCAAAGCUUCAGGAAACGCUGGAUGCUAAUAAAACCAAGAAAGCCGACCUGGAGAAUCAGGUGGAUCUGUGCAGCAAGAAGCUUGAGCGAGCGGAGCAGCUGAUCGGAGGUCUGGGCGGAGAGAAAACGCGCUGGAGCGAAAUGGCCUUCAAUCUCGGAGAGCUGUACAACAACCUGACGGGGGACAUCCUUAUCUCAGCGGGCAUAGUGGCUUACCUGGGAGCCUUCACCUCCAGCUACAGACAGGAUCAGACAAAGAUGUGGAUGGAUCUCUGUAAGAGUAAAGCGAUCCCAUGCUCCCCCAACAUGUCUCUGAUGAACUCGCUGGGCGACCCGGUCAAGAUCCGUGCCUGGAUCAUCGCCGGCCUACCAUCAGACAGCUUCUCCAUUGACAACGGCAUCGUCAUCUCUAAUGCCAGGCGAUGGCCUCUGAUGAUUGAUCCUCAAGGCCAGGCGAAGAAGUGGGUGAAAAACAUGGAGAAGGCCAACAGCCUGCAUAUUAUUAAACUGAGUGAUGCUGACUUUGUACGCACUCUGGAGAACUGCAUCCAGUUCGGCACGCCAGUGCUGCUGGAGAAUGUCGGCGAGGAGCUGGACCCGAUCCUGGAGCCGCUGCUGCUGAGACAGACCUUCAAACAGGGCGGCACCAUGUGUAUCCGCCUGGGAGACUCGACCAUUGAAUACGCUCCUGACUUCCGCUUCUACAUCACCACCAAGCUGCGUAACCCACACUACCUGCCCGAGACUGCCGUCAAGGUGACCCUUCUCAACUUCAUGAUCACCCCAGAGGGCAUCCAGGACCAGCUGCUGGGCAUUGUGGUGGCCCGGGAGAGGCCCGACCUAGAGGAAGAAAAACAGGCUCUCAUCCUGCAGGGGGCUGAGAACAAAAGACAACUGAAGGAGAUUGAGGACAAAAUCUUAGAGGUGCUCUCGUCCUCUGAGGGCAACAUCUUGGAGGACGAGACGGCCGUCAAGGUCCUCUCCUGCUCCAAGGUGCUAGCCAAUGAAAUCACAGAAAAGCAGGCCGUGGCUGAGGUGACGGAGAAGAUGAUCGAUGAGACCCGCAUGGGCUACACACCCGUCGCCGUGCACUCAGCCAUCUUGUUUUUCUCCAUUGCCGACCUGGCUAACAUCGAGCCCAUGUACCAAUACUCCCUCGCCUGGUUUAUUAACCUCUUCAUCAGCUCCAUUGAUAGCUCCAGCAAGAGUGACGACUUGGAGCAGAGACUACAGAUUCUAAGAGACCACUUUACCUACACACUAUAUGUCAACGUGUGCCGCUCGCUGUUUGAGAAGGAUAAGCUGCUCUUUUCCUUCGGCCUCAGUGUCAAUCUGCUCAUGCACAAUAAGCAGGUGGAUGAGGCGGAGUGGCACUUCCUGCUGACAGGUGGCGUGGGCCUGGAUAACCCUCAUUCCAAUCCCUGCACCUGGCUCCCCAAGAAGUCUUGGGAUGAGAUUUGCCGCCUGGAUGAGAUGGAGCAUUUCAAAAGUCUGCGGCAGGACAUGGCUCGCCUCAGGAACGAGUGGAAGACGGUCUACGACAGCCCAAACCCCCAUCAGACUCCCUUCCCCGACGAGUGGCAGAACAAGCUGAGCCAGUUUCAGAGGAUGCUGGUGAUUCGUUGUCUCAGGCCAGACAAGGUUAUUCCCAUGGUGCAGGAGUUUGUGUCCGACAGUCUGGGUCGUCCUUUCAUCGAAGCGCCCCCCUUCAACCUGAGCAAUGCCUUCGUCGAUAGCCACUGCUGUGCCCCCCUCAUCUUCAUCCUCUCCCCCGGCUCGGACCCAAUGGCAGCACUGCUCAAGUUCGGAGAUGAAAAGGGCUUCACUGGUAGCAAGCUGGCCUCCCUCUCUCUGGGCCAAGGCCAGGGUCCUAUUGCUAUGCGUAUGAUUGAGAUGGGCCUUAAAGAGGGCACCUGGGUGGUUCUGCAGAACUGCCACUUGGCCACAUCGUGGAUGUCUACUCUGGAGAGAGUCUGUGAGGCGCUGAACCCAGACACCACCCACCCGGACUUUAGGCUGUGGCUGACGAGUUACCCAUCUCCAACCUUCCCCGUAGCCGUGCUGCAAAAUGGGGUGAAGAUGACCAACGAGGCUCCAAAGGGCCUCCGCGCCAACAUCGCACGCUCCUUUCAAAUGGAUCCCAUUUCGGACCCACAGUUUUUUGGCAGCUCGAGCAAACCGGCUGUGUUCAAGAAGAUGCUGUAUGGCCUGUGUUUCUUCCACGCCCUGGCUCAGGAGAGGAAGAAGUUUGGACCGUUAGGCUGGAACAUUCCCUACGAGUUCAACGACACUGACCUCCGGAUAUCAGUACAGCAGCUACACAUGUUCCUGGAACAGUACCAGGAAGUACCAUUUGAUGCCCUCCGCUACAUGACCGGUGAGUGUAACUACGGAGGCCGGGUGACGGACGACUGGGACAGACGGACACUGCGCACGAUCCUGUCUAUCUUCUACACCUCAAAGCUCAUCGAGGACCCGGACUAUAAGUUUGACCCCAGUGGGUUCUACUAUGCACCGUCUGAGGGAGAAUACAACAGCUACCUAGAAUACACCAAGGCAUUGCCACUCAACCCGUCGCCAGAGAUUUUUGGCAUGAACACCAAUGCAGAUAUCACCAAGGAUCAGACUGAGACACAACUACUGUUUGACAGCAUCCUGCUUACACAGUCCUGCUCCUCGAGCGGAGACGCCAAAUCCUCCGAUGACAUGGUCUUUGAUGUGGCAGCCGACAUCCUGAGCAAGCUGCCCGCAGACUUUGACUUGGAGGCGGUGAUGCGGCGCUUCCCCACCAGUUACAAUCAGAGCAUGAACACAGUGCUGGUGCAGGAGAUGGGACGCUUCAACAACCUGCUCUGCACCAUCCGAGACUCCUGCGUCAACAUUCAGAAGGCCAUCAAGGGGCUGGUAGUGAUGUCUGCAGAGCUGGAGGAGGUGGUCAGCAGCAUCCUGACGGGUCGUAUCCCUGGCAUGUGGAUGAAGAAGUCCUACCCCAGCCUCAAACCUCUGGGGAGCUACGUCACUGACUUCCUGGAGCGACUCCUGUUCUUGCAGGACUGGUAUGACAAGGGUACGCCUGCUGUAUUCUGGAUAUCAGGAUUCUUCUUCACCCAGGCCUUCCUCACAGGCAGCCAGCAGAACUACGCCAGGAAACACACCACCCCCAUCGACCUGCUGGGCUUUGACUUCGAGGUCCUGGACGACAGACAGAACAAACACCCCCCGCUGGACGGUGUGUACGUGCGCGGCCUCUUCCUGGACGGCGCCCGCUGGGACAGGAAGGCCAAGCUCCUUGCCGAGUCCUACCCCAAAGUCCUGCACGACCCCUUGCCCGUGAUGUGGUUGAAGCCGCUGCCGCGACACGACAUCCCAGAGAGGAUGUGCUACGUGGUGCCCGUCUACAAGACCAGCGAGCGGCGCGGCACCCUGUCCACCACGGGCCACUCCACCAACUACGUCAUCAACAUGACGCUCAACUCCAACGUGCCAGCCGAGCACUGGAUCAGACGAGGGGUGGCCCUGCUCUGCCAGCUCAGCUCCUAGUCCCCCGUCGGUUCACACGUCCGCUCUUUAGUUUUCAAUAAUUAAAUGAAAACAUACACACAGACUCAUCAGAAAUCUACAUGAUUACAACAGUGUACUGCAGUACACAUGUAGUACUGUACUCACAAGUAGGAUUGUGAUGUUUUUCCAUUGGAAUAUAAAGUGCAGACGGUUAAGACCUUUCGUGAUCGCAGCUUUUACGCGUGAUAAAUUUUAAAUAAAAUAACACAAACUGCAUCAAGGUGA